AUGCCGGCUGCGCUGGCGGACCAGCACCCAGCUGCGCGAUGCAGCCGCCCCAAGGACGUGGCCAACGCGCACAUCGAUGUGGGCAACAACACGCUGCUCAACACCCGCCUGCGCUACACCUGCAACCCGGGCUACAAGCGGAAAGCCGGUACCUCCACUCUCAUCCAGUGCAUCCUCCGCGACGGCUCCGCCAAGCCUGACUGGACACAAACCACGCUGCAAUGCAUCCGAGCCCCGGCUCUCCCUCCACUAACCCUCAGCCCUGAGAUCCCGACCGCGCCGCGCACCGAGAGGACGACCCAGAGCGCAAUGCCCGGGCUGCCGGGAGCUGCCGGCCGGUCACUCGUGCCACCAGCACCUGAUGGGCCAUCACCGGAGACAUCCCUGCAGCCGGAGACGCCCCCACCGCUGGAGACAUCCACACUGGGAGAGGGAACGGCCCUGGGGACAUCUCUGGGGACAACCCGGCUGCCCAGCGCCCCCGCGGACCACGCCGCAGUUUCCGUCCAGACCCUGACCUAUUCCAUUGGGCUCCCGGUGCUGCUGGUCGCCAGUAUCGUGGCCUGCUGCUGCUGGAGGAUGAAAACGCGUGCGGGGCACGACUACAUGGGGACGGUGACGGCCAUCCCCAUGGUGGCUCCCGCUGCUGAGAACGAGAUGUCGCAGCCCAGCAUCUUCCCCAUGGGCUGA